AUGAGGGAUAAGUUUUAUCCACCAUCAUUAAGGAAGCAAAAGGAAGAUGAAUUUCUCCACUUACAACAAGGGACAAUGAGUGUUUUGGAGUACGCAAACAAGUUCAUGGAGUUGUCAAGGUUUGCACCAGACCUAGUAUCGACAGAGAAAUCCAGGAUGAACCGUUUUGAGCGAGGUCUUCACCUUAAGUACCAAGAUAGGUUGUCCACUCAAAGAUUUACUUCCUAUCAGGAUAUGGUUUAUAUUGCAGCUAAUAUAGAGCGAGUGGUACUGCUUCGAGAAGCGAAGAAUGUUGGGUAUAAAAGGAGAAAUGAAAACCAGAACCAAGGCUAUCAGGGAAACCAAAGGAGGAACGAUGGUGGAAACAAAGGACAAGGUUAUCGUGGAAAUCAGAAUAAUAAGACGCAAGAAUGUGCCAAAUGUGGGAGAAGAGGCCACAUCGAGAGUCAAUGCCGUGUAGGAUCAAACACUUGUUAUCGAUGUGGGAGCCAUGAUCAUUACAUCAGAGAUUGUCCGAAGCACGUAACACCAGCCACGGGAGGACCAGUUUCAACUAGCAACGAUCGUGGUCGGAACAACGCAGGAGGUCCAAACCGCAAUCCGCCACGACCACCGCCAACUGGGAGAGUUUUUGUGAUGAGACAAGAUGAGGUAGAUGAGGCAGAUGAGGAUGAUAAUGUUAUCACCGAAGAAGAAUAA